AUGAGUGAAGAGCCGAAGGAAUGCAAAGAUAAAAAAGCGACGGAAUGCACAAUUGAUAUCGAUUCUUGUGAUGACAAUAAUCGUCGUGACAAUAACGAUGAAAUCCAAGAAAUUGCUUCUAAUUCGGAAAGUGAAGCGGAGAAAGAAUUAAAACUAACAAACGUACUACAAGAAGGGUUAAUAAUAGAGCAAGCGUCAUUAAAAGAAGAAAAGUUCGAA